AUGUCCAUCACAGUCAGAGAAGAAAACACUUAUUACCAACUUGAGUUCAACUACAACACGCCACCCUCUCCAAUCGUCAUUCCUGCACCCACCAUUUUUCUCGACUUCAAAAUACACUUUAAUUCACACCUUUUGACAGUGGGCGAUAAUGAAGAGUUGGUGAGGGAAAUAGCAACUAGUUUCUGGCCCUUUUGGGACUCUUGUCACUAUGAUACUUCCAUCAACAUAUCUGAAGCAUCUGAGUUUACAUUUACGCUUGUUUGUAAAGACUCAGUAUUCGAAUUAAAUGCGUUGCCAAAAAUUGCAUCCAUAGAGAUCAAUUUAUCUGUUUUGUCGAUCGAGGAGAUCCUUCUUCAAGAUCUAAUGAUUGCUUUUGAUUAUCUAAUGACAUCUUGGUUUUUGAACGAGGAGCAUAAACAUCCUGCCAUUUUUUCACCAACAGGUCGCCAAUUUAUCAAACUCAAUUUAUUUUGGUACAAAAAGAUGUGUUUCGAAGUGUUGGGCGAGCACUUGACUGAUCCUGAAACGGUGAUUACAAAGUACAUCGAAGUGGUUGGAACAAAUUACACAAUAUUACCAUUGAUGGGCAAUACUGAUGUGGCAAUUGAUUACCCAAGAAGUGCCCGUGGGAAGAACUCUGUAAUCAAAUCAUACCCCUUGCAUUUGGUCAAGAUAAACACUCUCGAGUCAAGUUGA